GCCAUCCAAAGCAACAGAAGAAGAAAGUGUGCAAAGGUAUCUACGAGGAGACAUGGCAGGAACAAGUCUGGGUGGUUUUGGUGCAGUGACGACCAUCCUCCAAAGUGCAGCGGCAGGUUUCGCAUUUGGAGAAGCGGCGUUAUUUGCAUUGGAGCCCUCGCUGACCACAGAUGGCGUCCUGCUGAACGCCGCGACUCUGGCCGCGGGACGAGUCGGUUCCACGGGCGUCGGCGUCGUGGCGGCGUGCCUCGCGUUCACCUCGGUGCUCAUCUCCCUCGGGAGCGGUUUCCUCCUCGCUGCCGUGACGCUGAUGAUGAUGACCCGAGCUGGAGUGAGGGUGCCGUGGUUGGUGGAGGCCUCGACGGGAGCCUCCGUUGUCGUGGGCGCUCUCACCACCGGAGUGUUCGCCGGCGUCCUGCCGCCGUGGCUCUACCUCGCGGCCCAAAGCAUCCUGGUCCUCGUGGUCUACUCGUACUCCAAUAUUAACGACAUGACCACAGCUCUGUUAAUCAUCUUCACCACUCUCUACCUCUGCGUGGUUUACGGAAGAAUGGGUGUCAUGAUGGGACUCUUUGUCGUGGGGUUGACCAUCUCUGUGCUCUGCGCCCUUCGAAAGGCUCUGACGGAGAGGCUGACGCAAAGACCGAAAUCUAAAACCGAGUGCCAACUUUUGGAGAGAAUAUUCUUCUACUCCGUUUUCGUGGGGGUUCUGGGCUUUGCGGUCGGCUUGGGGGCAGGUGAAGCGGGGGAGGGGUCCGAAGCGGAGGUGGUCUUGAUGCUGCAGUCGGUCCUCUGGGUGGCCUUUCUGUCUGCGGGGCUGCUGGGAGCCGGCUUGGGAACAGUGGCCACGGCCGGGCUGGGCCCCGAGGUGGCUGGAAAGGUCAGCGUGGGGGCCGCUGUCAUAACAUCACUAUUCCUGAGGGCCAUUCUGCAAUCAAGCUCUUUUCUAGGGACCCGGAGCAGCUUGGGGGGGACGCUGGGAGCAGCGGCAGCUGCGGGGGUGUCUCUCGGAGCCGCGAGCGUUGCGGCGAAGAAGGCGUUCGGGACUCGAAAUUGGACUUUGGCGGCUCUGGGUGCCGUGGUCUUCGGUGCGAUUCUGGCGGCGCGCGGCGUGGCGCUCACAGCGACACUCCCGGCGACAUGGGAACUCGUGACGAUCGCCCUCGUUGCGGUCGGAUCAUUCGUUCUGGGUGCACCGAAGAGCCCGUUCAACACUCAGGUGAAUCUACCGGCGGGCCUCCUCACGGGGCACGAGCUAAUUAAAGGCAUCGGCAUGGAGACGGUCAUCGCAGCAGCGGCGCCGAUCGGAGCCGGGGCGCUCGGGGCUGCGGCGCUGGGUACCGCAGCUCUGGGGAGACUGGGCACUGUGGGAAUUCUGGUGGCUAUAGUGUUGGCUUUAGGAAGUGCUCUUUGUGGCAUGAUAGGGAAACCUCCGCGGACAACCGACGCCGACUGAGGCCGGAGUUUAGAUCUCUGUCCGAACCCCAAGGCCGGCCACUCCAGCUUUGCAUGCGCGUGUGUGGAGUUUACAGACGUGUUUGCAUUACUGCAAGUCUACACUGGCGUAACAUUUAUAUUUUAAAUGUGAGCUCAUUUGCAUCAGAUUCUAUUUUACAUGAAAAGCAUGUUGAGUAUUCACAUAAUUGUAUUAUGAAGGCUGGCAGUGAUGAAUAAAGUGGAUGAUGAAUGUUA